AGGGAAGAUGGCUCAGGCCAGGGAAAGCGCUCCCACGCCCCGCUGUCCCCUUCCCUGAGCUGGGGGAAGGGACCCAUCCAGAAGGGACACCCCUUCUCUCUUCCCCUCCCGCCCACUCGCGCCGCGGGGAUGGCUCCGUGGCCUCACGGGAACGGCUCUGUGGCCUCGUGGCCGGCUGCCCCCACCCCGACGCCCGGUACCGCCAGCACGAGUGGGCUGCCGGGGGCGCCAUGGGCGGUGGCCUUGGCGGGGGCGCUGUUGGCGCUGGAGGUGCUGGCCACCGUGGGAGGCAACCUGCUGGUCAUCGUGGCCAUUGCUCGGACGCCAAGACUGCAGACCAUGACCAACGUGUUCGUGACUUCGCUGGCCACCGCGGACCUGGUGGUGGGGCUCCUGGUAGUGCCGCCGGGGGCCACCUUGGCGCUGACGGGCCACUGGCCUCUGGGCGCCACCGGUUGCGAGCUGUGGACCUCAGUGGACGUGCUGUGUGUGACAGCCAGCAUCGAAACCCUGUGCGCCCUGGCGGUGGACCGCUACCUGGCCGUGACCAACCCGCUGCGCUACGGCGCACUGGUCACCAAACGGCGCGCCCGGGCGGCAGCGGUCCUGGUGUGGGUCGUGUCCGCCGCGGUGUCGUUUGCGCCCAUCAUGAGCAAGUGGUGGCGCGUGGGAGCCGACGCCGAGGCGCAGCGCUGCCACUCCAACCCGCACUGCUGCGCCUUCGCCUCCAACAUACCCUACGCGCUGCUCUCCUCCUCCGUCUCCUUCUACCUUCCGCUUCUGGUGAUGCUCUUCGUCUACGCGCGCGUUUUCCUCGUGGCGACGCGCCAACUGCGCCUGCUGCGCCGGGAGCUGGGCCGCUUCCCGCCCGCGGAGUCUCCGCCGGCCGCGUCUCGCUCCCGGUCCCCCGGCCCGGCCCGGCGGUGCGCUUCGCCCGCCGCGGUGCCCUCGGACGGCCUGCGGCCCGCGCGCCUCCUGCCUCUGCGGGAGCACCGGGCCCUGCGCACCCUGGGCCUCAUCGUGGGUACCUUCACUCUCUGCUGGUUGCCCUUCUUCGUGGCCAACGUGAUGCGCGCUCUCGGGGGGCCCUCUCUGGUUCCCAGCCCGGCCCUCCUGGCCCUUAACUGGCUGGGCUACGCCAACUCUGCCUUCAACCCGCUCAUCUACUGCCGCAGCCCCGACUUUCGCAGCGCUUUCCGCCGCCUACUGUGCCGCUGCCGGCGGGAGGAGCACCGCGCCGCCGCCUCCCCGCCUGGCGACCCCUCGGCCGCCCCUGCGGCCCUGACCAGCCCCGCGGAGUCCAGCCAGUGCCCACCGCUCGACGGGGCUUCCUGGGGAAUCUCUUAGGUCCUGAACGACAAGAAACAACUCUGUCAAUCCAGAACUUUUGGAAAGCCUCUCCUGGCCUCUGUUUAGAAUGGGCCCUGUGGAACUUCCCAGCUGGAAAUCUCUGACCUCCAGAAACUGAUGACUUGGCCUUGGGGUGGGGAGGCAGAGGUUGGGAGGGGCAACCAUUACCAAGUGAGUUUUCACCAUCCUCUUGUCUCUCUCUUCCUGAGAAGAGUUUUCUAAACCCCACCCCUGAAUUUUACCGCUACCUCAGCAGCUGAAGUAUCCAGCAGCCUGCUCUCAGCUGCCCUCGGAGUCCCCAUUAGCUUUGGUGGCCCACCUGUCACCUUGCUCACUUCUGUGCUGCGUGCUUAGGGCAAAGAGGUCUCUCCUCCUUCCAUUCCUUCUGCUGCCUGUGGACCUGAUGGACCACUGAGUGUCCUUCAGGCUCGGUGGCCAAGGCUGGGAGCAGAAAGCUAUAAAAGGUCCGGGUUUGGGGUUCUGUCCCUGACUCCAUCACUACAGAUUCCUAAGCACCAGCCUUCCCCCCUUUGGAUACAAGACAGCUCUGAUCUACCUCACAGCAGUGUCAGGAGGACUUCUUCAGGGUUUGAGGAGGGUGGAGGGUGAAUUCCAUUAGAGUGGAUUCUUUAUUUUCCUUUUAGCAUCAAAUUAAUAAAUAUUAGUGAAUGCAGUUCAUCUACUGCCUGCUUUUCUCCAUUUCUUUCCCCUGUGAUCCACUUACUCCCUUCUUAGAGCUGGCUUU